GUGAAUUAUAAAUUCAAAUUUCUAAUCUUGUAAUUUAGAUAACAGAUAAUAAUUAGUCGUCAGUGCAAAUUUCAUAAUUACGUUAAUUUAGUCGGAUACUCUAACUUUUGAUAGUCAUUCUGAGUGUGAUCCAAUAAAUAACUUACAAUAUUUUAGUAACGUAGAUUUUAUUAAUCAUUAUCAUAUAUAUAGUCGUGUACUAGUGUUUUCAGUAUAUAUAAAAUUGUAAUUGAUUAGAAUUUGCCGAUUUGUGGUUACAAUUAAAUUUGGAAUAAAAUUUGUUCAAUUGUGAAUUUCAAGUAACCGUAUUAGAAAUGAGUGAGCAGCGGCAACCAUUCAAGGCCAUAAAUAAGCUGUUUGAGGGCAGGGAACCAUGGCAAAUAGUUACCAUGACUGCAUCCUCAGUGCUUGCAGUAGUGUGGGCACACAGUUUGUACAAUGCAAAAGAUAGUGUCAAAACAAGACUACGCAGGGAGUUUUUCAGAUGGCUCCGACAAAUACCGAUAGUUAGAAGGAAGAUUGAUGAGAAAAUAUCUGAUAUUAAUGAUGGAUUCCGGAAAGACGUGUCAAAGAGAUUAGCUGGUAUGACAGUCAGAAGAGAGCUGCCAGAGAAAGGUCUAACAUCUGAACAGAUAGCAGAGGAGGUUAGGGAUCAUCUAAGCUUGGGUGCAUACGACUGGAAGAACGGUAAUGUAUCUGGGGCAAUAUACCAUGUAAACGAGGAGAUUGUGAAGGUGGCCUGCGACGCGUAUGCACUCACAGCAUACACCAAUCCUCUGCACUCAGACGUGUUUCCAGGCAUCAACAAAAUGGAGGCGGAGAUUGUGAGAAUGGCCAUCAACUUGUUCCACGGCGACAGCGAUUGCUGCGGUACGGUGACAACCGGCGGUACAGAGUCAAUAAUAAUGGCCUGCAAAGCAUUCAGAGAUCUCGCGUAUAGUAAAGGCAUAAAGAAUCCCCAGAUAGUGGUCCCUUCCACUGUACAUUCGGCGUUCGACAAAGCGGCUCAGUACCUCGGCCUCUCAGUUAAGACCGUACCAGUGGACCCUGAUACAAUGACGGUCAAGAUUGGCGCGGUGAAGAAAGCGAUUGGCAGGAGGACCUGUUUGAUAGUGGGUUCAGCACCAAACUUCCCGUACGGCACUAUGGAUGAUAUUAAUGCGCUAUCAGACAUUGCCCUGGAAUAUGAUAUACCAUUACACGUGGACGCUUGUCUGGGAGGUUUCGUGGCCGCCUUCAUGCCUGACGCUGGCCACAGCGUACCAGUGUUUGACUUCAGACUGCCCGGUGUUGCCAGUAUGUCGGCAGAUACGCAUAAGUAUGGAUUUGCUCCUAAAGGCACUUCGGUGGUACUAUAUCGUAAGUCGGAGUACAGACAUCAUCAGUAUACGGUCACUACGGAGUGGCCUGGUGGCGUCUAUGGAUCACCUACCGUCAAUGGAAGCCGUGCUGGCGGACUGAUCGCCGCUUGUUGGGCCACCAUGGUAUUCGUAGGCCGGCAGCGGUACGUGACCAUGGCCGACCAAAUACUCACAACCACCAAAUUUGUGGAGGCAGAACUCCGUAAGGUGGAUGGUAUCUUCAUAUUUGGGAAGCCUGCAACAACUGUGAUAGCAUUCGGUUCCAAAGAGUUCGAUAUAUUCAAACUGGCUGACUACUUGCACAAAAAGGGAUGGAGUUUGAAUGCAUUGCAGUUUCCGUCUGGAGUGCAUAUUUGCAUCACGCACGCGCACACAGCGCCGGGAGUUGCGGAGCGAUUCGUGCGCGACGUUCGGGAGGCGGCCACCUACUGCAGACAACACGCCGGGGAACCCGUCGAGGGGAAGAUGGCAAUAUACGGUGUAGCACAAGAAUUGCCCGAUAGAAGUCUAGUGUCAGACAUUACGAAAUAUUUCAUAGACUCCAUGUACUACCUACCGACAUCUGACGAGAAUGCAAGAGAUUAAUAAAUCCAAAGAUCAGUUUUAGUUUAAAGUAACUACGAUUUUGAUGUUUUCAUACAAUUAAAGAGAAGUAAUAUGUUAACUUGGAAAUAAAAAUAAUAUAUAU